UCCCUUCGUUUCACCUCUUUGCUCCUCCCUGCGCUUGCCCGUCCUACCUAGCUCCUUUUCCUUAUCUCUUCCUUUCUGGGAAGUGGAGUUCUGAAGCCACAGAGAAAUGGAAGCUCUGAGUGCACUGAAUAACCCUAUACCAUCCAACCUGAAAUCAGAAGCAAAAAAAGCUGCCAAAAUAUUGAGAGAAUUCACAGAAAUAACUUCUAGAAAUGGACCUGAUAAGAUCAUUCCUGCUCACGUAAUUGCCAAGGCUAAAGGUCUUGCCAUCCUAUCAGUGAUAAAAGCUGGAUUUCUGGUCACUGCUCGAGGAGGCAGUGGGAUUGUACUGGCUCGCCUUCCAGAUGGAAAGUGGUCUGCACCUUCUGCCAUUGAAUAGCUGACUUGGUGAGGAUUUGAAAUUGGGAUUGAGGUGUCAGAUUUAGUAAUAAUAUUGAAUUAUGACAGAGCAGUGGAAGCUUUUGCAAAAGGUGGUAACCUUACACUUGGUGGGAAUUUUACUGUGGCUGUUGGACCUUUGGGAAGGAAUUUAGAAGGAAAUGUUGCAAUCCGAAGCUCAGCUGCUGUCUACACAUAUUGCAAGUCACGAGGUUUGUUUGCUGGGGUCUUAGAAGGAAGCUACUUGAUUGAAAGGAAAGAAACCAAUCGAAAGUUUUACUGUCAGGAUGUUCGUGCCAGUGACAUUUUAUUUGGAGACAUGCCACAGCCGGCUCAAGCAGAAGAUCUUUAUGAAAUUCUUGACUCAUUUACUGAAAAAUAUGAAAACGAAGAGCAACGAAUUAAUGCAAGGAAAGCAGCAAGAGAACAGAGGAAGGCUAAAGACAUACCUGUUAGACCAUCUUCCAGGCCAAAGAAACCACCUGCAUCUCAACAGCCAAACUCAGACUCACAAGGUAGCAGAAAUGCCCCCAAGCUUUAUCCAGAACUUCCCCGUUAUCAGGACUCUGUUGGUAGUUCAAGUCAGCCAGUAGAAGUGACAGCACUGUCUUCUUUUGAAGGGCAGCAGCCAGGGGAUUUGAAAUUCAAAGGCGAGACCCGGAUCACAGUAAUAUCCAAAACAAUUCACAUUUUUGAUUGGUGGGAAGGAAGACUUCGAGGUCAAACUGGCAUUUUUCCAGCCAAUUAUGUUUCACUGGAUUAAGCAUUAUUUAUUUUCUUCUUUAGUAAAAUAUAUAAAUAAAAGCUGUCACUAUCAUGCUAGGAAGAUUAUUGCAUUAUGAACUGUUUCAAAGAAGUUGGGAAAAUUGUAAAUAUGUGCUUUUGAA